AGCUUAGAGUCGUCCUAUAAUAGAAGACUAAAAAGAAGGAACGUAAAGCCUGGUCUAUUAUUUUUAGCUAGACAAAGCACGCAUUAAUCAGUACAAGAUUGGCCAGUAUUUACAGAUAUGCUUUCCCGGUCAAUAAGAGCAGAAACCCGUAGCCGCGCGAAAGAAGAUAUUAAACGCGUGAUCAGUGCACUAGAUAAAGUAAAGAAAUGGGAGAAGAAAUGGGUUACAAUUGGAGACACAACUAUGAGAAUAUUUAAAUGGGUUCCAGUGGCAAAUCAGGAAUCUUCACCAAGAUCAGCCACAAGUAAUCGUAAAUUUUUCAAAGGGAAAUCAGGAAGUAAAUCAGAUACAACUCAUGGGAAAACGAAAAACUCGUCAAAACAGACCAAAACUGCGGAAACACCGAAAAACAUUCAAGAAGAUUCACAACUAUCUGUUGACAGUAGUUACAAUAGUAGCUCUAACUUAGGACGUGCAGCAGCUUCAGUUUAUUCAGAAGAGAACACUCAACAAUCCCAUGAUUCAAAUUGUAGUGAAACCAAUAUUUUUGAGGAUUCCAAUAUGUCGUUUGCUGAUAAUUCGGUAGAUUAUUCACAAGAUAGUAAUGAUAUAGAAGGUAUGAAUACUAGUCUGGGUGAUGAUGACAAGAUUAGAAAUGGAUCAAAUGAAGAAACAAAUGAUUCUGAGCCUCCUCCAGUGUUAGAAAGAGAAACGGAUAUGACACCUUCCAAACAAGGAGAAGAUAACUCUAACAGCAACAUAUGAUGAUAGUUUUAUAACAUUAUAAAGUGUUAAUGUGUCGUGUGUGUAAAGUUUAUUUUUGUACAACUCUGGUCACUAAUGUUUCUCAUGUUAUUAUCCAGUAUACCGUAUGGUGGUGCUAUUGUGUAAUAUGUUUGUGCUGAUUAUAUAAGAAACUUAGAUGCUGAUUGAAACAUUGAAUUUGGAUCCAUUUUGUUCAAUGAUUUUAAUAAAUUGUUAAUGAAUUGAAUAGGCAAAGAGAGCCUGUUUAUAAUUUCCAUACGGAUUGACAGUAUUUCAUUCAGAAGCUUUUACCCCAUAAAUUUGAUGUGUAAUUUGUAUUAAGUGGCGGGUGAUUUCUCUAAGUCUCUUUGGCUAUAAAAUUCAUUUUUUUCCCCAAUGCUUUUGCACUCAGUAACAGUAAUGGAAAUUGUCCUGAACAUCAAACCAUAGUUAGAUCAAACAAUCCCAGAACAGAGUGUAGACAAAACAAUUAAAACACAUACACAGAGAAGUUAAGUUAUACAAUGAAAAUGUGGCGAAAAAAGACACAAUAUUGAAUGACUAAAAAAUGGUUGAUACCCUGAAGACAAGUACAUGGAUGCCAUAGAUGAAAGAGUAGACAAUCUCAGUUUUUGCAUCAUAUGAAGUGAAUGGUUCAGGAGGAUAGAUCGACCAAUUGCCAUGGACUUCACAUACUCUUUUCUCAAAUUGAUUAGUAUGAAUUGUACAGCAUAGAUGAACAAAGACAUUUUAUCUUGAGAUAAUGUGACUAAAGAGAUUGGUUGAAGAUUAAGACUUUUGAUCAACACAUUUUCUAUUAAAAGCAUUGAUCAUCAUUUUCAAUUCAACAUUUCUUUGUAGAUACAGUGGACUCUGUCAAUUCCGACAUCAUAUGGGAUCGAUACAAUGCACCCUCGAACACACAGAACUUAAAAUAUGAUAACACUUUCUGUACAUUCAAACUUUUAUUACAUUAUAUCAAUUGAAUAAUUAACGGCUAAUUUCUUCUCUGUAGGUCGUGGAACUUUCUCGACAUCUGUAUGGGCACGCUUUGCAGGACGAUCACACAUUAUGAACACAAUAUUAUUAUAAUGAUAGUGAUUUUUCAUCUUGGCAAUUUAUAUAUAAUGUCGCUGUAUUUGACGUCAGAAACUCAAAUAUAUACCAAGAGAUUAUAAAAUUAUCAAGGUAAUCAACAAAGACCGACCCAUGUUUUAUGCUCACAGAUAAUUGAUUGGUGAUUGCUUCUUGGCUAACACCCACUGAUUGAAGGCUGGAUUAUCCAAUGUUAAUUGUACGCAAAUCAUGUGGCGGGACUGCUGAUUGAUGUCAGAAUUCAAAAUAUUCAGAAUUCGGAUUACUCAAGACAUUUUUGGUUGAAGUAAUAAGGAAAUAAAUCGCGACAUGAAAAUGAUGACCGAUUUCACAUAAUGCCGUAAUAUUCAGAUGUCAGAAGUGACAGAGUCCACAGUACUGAACAAAAUGUAUCCAUUUUUAUGAAGAGAUUAAAAUUUCACACUAUUAUAUUUUACAAGGGAUUGGCGUUCCUGCAAACGACGAUAUGCGACUUUAAUGAGUAAUGAAGAAUAUGUUGCAUGAUUAGGUAUCUCAUUUUUUUACAGAUAUUGUUUAAGUUUUACUUUUAAUCAUGAUCAUAGAAUGUAUUACAUGACUAAUCAAUUUCUCUAUUCUCAUUAUAAUCAUCUCGAUACUGACCAGAUUUUCAAAUUUAAUAUUAUUAAAGCUUACAGUUGCCUUCUGUUUGUUGCCUGUGUCAGUUAAUAUUACAACCUCAGGGCAAAUAUUUCAUACAGUAAUAUUUUUCAUUUCCAUUCUCUUAACCUAUACCAUCAUAUGUUGAUAUUCAUUGUUAAUAAAAUAUUUCACCAAGCCAA